AUGAAUAGACAAUCACAUAAACAAGAAUCUUUCAAUUUGGGUGAUCCAUUGCCGCUUACAUACUUACCAACAAACCAAAACAAAUCCAAACCAAGUAGAUUCACAUCGUUGAACGAGAAUCUUCAAACACCAAUAGCCCCAUCUGCACAUCGUAUUUCCUCGUUGAUUCAGACCACUACCAAUAAUGAACCCAAUCGUCGAAUAUUCAACCGUACGCCAAGUAUACGAAGACCUAAUACAAACACUAUUGAAGAACGAAUAAGAUAUAAAUUGACCCAAUUGAAUCAGGAAUUGGAUGAAGUGGUCCAUGAAAUAACGGACUUUGAAUUGAUUGAUAUUAAGCUUGAUGAGAUACUAGACUUGAUAAAUGAUCUCAAAUGUCAAAAGAAAGAAACUGUCAACGUUCAGGAUGAUGACGCACAAGUGAAUGAGUUGCUUAAAAAGUUGAAAGACGCAAAGGCCAAAGCUAGCAUUCAAAACUCGAAGACAAACACAGCAUCGAGCCGAUUUCCCACCGGCGUUUACAGCUUUCGAUAUUGGAUCUUGGUGAGUACACUUAUCCUCAUACUAUUUUUCACCAGUUCCGUACUUGCCGCUGAUUUCAAAUACCGAUACUGUUAUUACUUUUGCUGA